GUACGAAACUUCGAAUUCUCGCGCACCAAAGUCCAAAUAUGGAAAUCUUAAAAUCUACAGUUAUUUAUUCACAAUUUUCACAUUUCGAAGUUUUUUUCCCCCCAAAUCAGCCAUUCCACAACGAACCCUAGAGAGAUGGCUACCGGCGGCGCUUGGGGAGCUUCGGAGUGCGACGCCAUGGCGAGCACCGCGAGGGUCAGGCGGAACCGCCGCGACGGAGCCGCCGCCGGCGGCGGCCCGGUGCUCCCGGAGGAGCUCAUCCUGUGGGACAUCCUCGUGCGCGUCCCGGCGAAGGAGCUCCUCCGCUGCCGCGCCGUCUGCCGCUCCUGGCGCCGCCACACCUCCGACGGCGCCUUCCUCCUCGCCCACCACCUGCGCCAGCCCUCGCUCCCGCUGGUCUCCUCCAACGCCGGCGACCCCGCCCGACCCCGCGCCUCCGUCUACGCCUUCGACCUCCGGCGGAGCCCCGCCGUGCGCCUGCCCGUCCUCGGCUUCACCGGCCACAACGCCAUCCGCGGAUUCUCCAUCCACGCCUCCUGCGACGGCCUCCUCAUCCUGUCCCUCGCCGACAGCAGCCGAUUCUUCAUCUGCAACCCGGCCACGCGCCAGUGGCGCGCGCUCCCGGAGCUCGCCGGCAGCGAUGCCGCGUCUCUGUACCCUCAUCGCGGCGAGUACCGCGUCCUCUACUGGAAGCUUGCGGACAAUAAACGCAAUUUCGUCUACAGCAUUCUCACGCUGUCCUCCUCCUCCCAAGAACAUAGGUGCAUCGGGCAGCCUGUAGUGGUCUCACCGGCCAUGAAAAAUGUGGACUUGUUGCUUGUCCAUGCUCUGGAGCACACACCUGUUCUACUACACGAUUGCCUGCACUGGUACAUUGGCUUCCAAGGCAUUGUGUUGUUAGUGUUUGACACGGUGCUGGAAUCGUUCAGGGUGAUGCGUUCUCCCCUAGCCAACCUAUCGGCGGCGUCUCUGCUUGAGAUGCGGGAUGGGACGCUUGGCAUCGGCUAUGUGCAUCCUGCUACCAUGACGGCGCGAGUCUGGGUGCUGCAAGACUACAAGACGGAGGAAUGGUCGUUGAAGUACCGGAUCAAAUUGCCUAUGGCGGAGAUGAGGAGACAUGUUACGGAGCAUUGGUCUUUCUCCGCAGAUAUCGUGUCUGGGAAUGGAGACGUGCUAGUGGACGGCCGUGAUCCUGUGCACCUGUUUCAUUGUGACAGCAAAGGCAAGUUGCUGGAGAAGUGGCCGGGAGUCACUUUGGGAAUUUUUAGAAUCUGUUUCAGAGAGAGUCUUGUCAGGCAUGCGUUCUUCCAGAGGAAUGAUGACAGCCGUGCGAAGGUGCCAUGUUUUUUCCGAGGGCUCUAGGGGAGAAUUGGUGCUUCUUCAUGGUCUCCAUGCUUAUCAUCCUCCCUUAAAGAAGGAACUGAACCAAGCAUCUGGUAGGAAAGCUGGGCUAAAGAUUGUCUUUUGGGGAUGCAAACUGGUAGUCUGUUUUGCUUAGAGAGUCUGCUGGUCUCUGGAGUGUCAAGCGUUAUGCUGCCGUCGGAGUCUGCUUUGGGUUUGAUUCAUCCUGAAACAAUUUUAGCUUGAACAAUAUGGUUUUUUAUUAAUGGGAAUCGUGAGGAAAAAAUGUCUGGAGAAUUCUCGUUUAGAAAUUAUGUCUAGUUGAACAACUGAGAUAUUACUCCGAAACAAUUUUCGAGCUC